GAGAGAGAGAGAGAGAGAGAGGGAGUAGGUAGAGGCUCGGAUAGAGAAGAAGGGUAAGCACAAAAAGCGAUACAGAUUUGUCAUCAAACUCUGAAGAAAGAACAAAACAGAAGCUUUGUGAUUCUGAGUACAGACAGACAUUUGAGAAUGGAUGGAUCUUUGGGUGAGAGGUGAUAAGAGAUGGGCAUAGUGUGGUUUGGGCUGUUGUUCUUGCUGCUGAGUCAGGUGACAUUGGAGCAGAUUGAGCCACUGAGUUCAGCGAGUGAGCGAGAAGCACUGCUCCAACUGAGGGCUUCUCUGGGGUUGAGGAGCAAGGAAUGGCCAAGAAAGCCAGACCCAUGUUUAAUCUGGGAGGGCAUCGCUUGUCAGAAUGGUCGAGUUGUUAAGAUCAAUAUCUCUGGUUUCAGAAGAACCCGUCUUGGGAGGAGAAACCCACAGUUUGCAGUGGAUGCUUUGGCCAAUCUCACUCUCUUGCAGACCUUCAAUGCCUCCAAUUUCCUCCUCCCUGGUCCUAUUCCUGAUUGGUUUGGUCUUAGACUCCCUUCACUUAGAGUGCUUGAUCUUCGUUCUUGCUCCAUUGUUAGUGCUAUUCCUUCUACUCUUGGCAAUUUAACCAACCUCACUAGUCUUUAUCUUUCUGACAACAAACUCACUGGGACUGUUCCUGAUAGUUUGGGUCAACUCUUGGCCCUCUCCGUUCUUGAUCUUUCCGGGAAUUCUCUUUCAGGCUUCAUACCAACCUCUUUUGCCUUUCUUGCAAAUCUUUCUUCCCUCGACAUGUCUGAGAAUUUUUUGUCUGGGCCGAUUCCACCCGGCAUAGGGACCCUCUCCAGGUUACAAUACUUGAAUCUUUCUAGCAAUGACCUCACUUCUUUGCCUUCCCAAUUGGGGGGUCUUACUAGCUUAGUUGAUCUUGAUCUUAGUGAGAAUUCUUUCUCUGGUGGACUUCCUCCGGCUUGGAAUGGGUUCAGGAACUUGCGUAGAAUGGUGCUUGCAAAGAGUAUGCUCAAUGGACCUCUGCCCAGGAACUUGUUUACUGCUUCAUUGCAGUUGCAGUCCCUAGUGCUGAGGCAAAACAAUUUCACUGGUUCUUUGCCUGUUGAGCUGUGGUCUCUGCCAAGUUUGACCUUGGUCGACGUGUCUGCCAACAAUUUUAGCAGUCUGCUUCCUAAUUCUAGUUCAGCUGCUAAUGCUACUGUUUUGGUGCUCAAUAUUUCUCAUAAUCGGUUUUAUGGAGGCCUCAGUCCUUUGCUCAGAAGGUUUGGUUUUGUGGAUCUUUCAAACAAUUAUUUUGAGGGCAAGGUUCUGGAUUUCAUGCAUAAUGUAUCACUAAACAGCAACUGCCUCCAAAAUGUGACAAAUCAGAGGACACCGGUGGAAUGUGCAUCGUUUUAUGCGGCAAGAGGCCUCAGUUUUGAUAAUUUUGGACAGCCAAAUACGACAAAACCUCCUGUAACGGAUAACUCUGGGAAGAGCAAUAAAAUUAAGAUUAUAUUGGCAGCAGUCUUGGGUGGGGUGGGUUUAAUUGCACUUUUGGUGUUGCUACUGGUACUGUUGCUUCUAUGUGCUCGUAAGAGAGGCAAUUCAAGUCAUAGGGGAAAUGGUGUGGGUCCUGCUCCUGCUGGCGCCAGUCCUCCAAAUCCUGCUGUAUCAACUAACUUUCCAAAUGUAGGAGACUCUUUUACAUAUCAUCAGUUGCUCCAGGCAACAGGAGAUUUCAAUGAUGCAAAUCUUAUCAAACAUGGCCACACUGGGGAUUUCUUCUAUGGUGUUUUGGAAAGUGGGAUUCCUAUCGUAAUCAAAAGGAUUGACACGCGUUCAACUAAAAAGGAAGCUUACCUGUCAGAAUUGGACUUUUUCAAUAAGGCUUCUCAUCAAAGAUUUGUACCCCUGUUAGGUCAUUGCUUAGAAAAUGAGAAUGAAAAGUUCCUGGUUUAUAAACACAUGCCAAAUGGGGACUUGUCUAAUUGCUUGUACUACAAAAAUACUACAUCUGAUGAUGGUAGUUUGCAGUCAUUGGACUGGAUAACUAGGUUAAAAAUUGCUACCGGAGCAGCAGAGGCUCUAUCAUAUCUGCAUCAUGAAUGUGUUCCACCCAUUGUUCACAGAGAUAUUCAAGCGAGUAGUAUACUUCUAGAUGACAAAUAUGAAGUUCGAUUAGGGAGUCUAAGUGAAGCUUGCAUUCAAGAAGGUGAUACACAUCAAAGUAAAAUCACCCGGUUUCUGCGGUUGCCUCAGUCCUCUGAGCAAGGCACAUCUGGUUCAUCAACAUCAGUUUGUGCCUACGACGUCUUUUGCUUUGGGAAAGUGUUACUUGAGCUGGUGACCGGUAAGCUGGGAAUCAGUGCAUCCAGUGACAGUGAAGUAAAGGAAUGGUUCGAUCAGAUUCUUCCUUGCAUUAGUAUGUAUGACAAGGAGCUUGUGACAAAAAUUGUUGACCCAUCUAUGGUUGUUGAUGAGGAUUUCUUAGAGGAAGUAUGGGCUAUAGCCAUUGUUGCCAGGUCCUGCCUAAAUCCAAAACCUUCAAGAAGACCCCCAAUGAGAUAUAUUCUCAAGGCUUUGGAAAACCCUUUAAAAGUUGUGAGGGAAGAAAAUUCCAGUUCCGCACGGCUUAGAGCAACCUCUUCAAGAGGCUCUUGGAAUGCUACUCUGUUUGGCAGUUGGCGUCAGAGUUCAUCUGAUGUAGCAGCAACUCCAGCAGCAGCCUCUGGUCCAAAAUUAGAAGGAACUAGUAGUUUAAAGCUUUCAGAAACUACCGGCUCGCAGUCACAGGGUAGCUUCCACAAUGGAGGGGGUGAUGUUUCAUCAUCUAGGAGACGUCAUUCAAAGGAGAUAUUCCCAGAGCCAUCAGUCUCACAUGAGGUGGAGAGGUUGGACUUGGAAUAGAGACUUGAGUCUUAAAUUUAAUUCUUUUGAUAGUGAUACUGCUCUUUCUUCUUCUUGUUCCCUAAUACCCUUGUGCUCUUAUUGGUUUGGGCAUUUCUUGGGUAUUUGGUAGUUGAAAAUGGUCAUUGUACAUGUCAGCAGACAAAGCGGCACUCAAUUCCUUAACAACAUGAUGAAACCUUUCAAAGGGGGUGAUUUUAUUUCUUUUUCAGUGGUUUUGGACACUAAAACUGGUGGAGUGGAGAGAUAGAUAUAGAGAACAAGAUGGCCAAGUGCUGUGGUAGAUAUGGAUACUUCUUUGACUGCUUGUUUUGGACAAGAACAAGCCCCAUUUUUUCACCUGUAAUUGAUUUUUUUUUACCCUUUGUUCACCCUUUGUUCCCUAGUCCUCUAAUGGAACGUAAAUUUUAAUGUGUAAGAUUUCUUCAUUCAGAUCAUAUUUGUUUUUAUUCUGGAAGACAGCAUCAAAGUUUGAAAGAAUGAAAAAACAGAAUAUACUGAGUCUUUUGGCCG